CCCCGCCUAAAAGCCUCAUUCUUGUUCUUCAGGCGACUGGACCAGUCAGUUCAGGUUUGAUCUAGUUGAAACGAUUACUAGAUUUCUCUCUCUAAAUGAUUCUACAAGGCGACUCUACGAAAUCAAGCACGAAACUUAUCGUUUCGUGAAUCAAUCUUUCUGUACUCUAUUUAGGUUUAACUUUUGAUUUGAAAAAACUGGUCAAAAUGCAUAUUAAAGAGAUAUGUUUGGAGGGUUUCAAAUCAUACGCUACUAGGACAGUUGUUCCUGGUUUCGAUCCUUACUUCAAUGCUAUCACCGGUCUGAAUGGUUCAGGUAAAUCAAACAUUCUCGAUUCUAUCUGCUUCGUUCUCGGCAUCACGAAUUUGCAGCAGGUUAGAGCAGCGAAUCUACAAGAGCUUGUUUAUAAGCUAGGUCAAGCUGGGAUAACGAAAGCUACUGUAUCAGUUGUUUUCGACAAUUCUAACAGAAGUCGAAGUCCUCUUGGAUAUGAAGAUUGCCCGGAGAUAACAGUCACCCGUCAGAUUGUAGUAGGAGGAAGGAACAAAUAUCUAAUCAAUGGGCACCUUGCGCAACCUAGUCGAGUUCAAAAUCUCUUCCACUCUGUGCAGCUUAAUGUCAAUAAUCCCCAUUUUCUCAUUAUGCAAGGUCGAAUAACUAAAGUUCUCAAUAUGAAACCUCCAGAGAUCUUAUCCAUGCUUGAAGAGGCAGCCGGGACAAGGAUGUAUGAAACGAAGAAAGAGGCUGCUCUAAAAACACUUGAGAAGAAGCAGACAAAGGUAGAUGAGAUUGAUAAACUACUUGAUCAUGAAAUACUCCCUGCUUUGGAGAAGUUGAGAAAGGAACGGAUGCAAUAUAUGCAAUGGGCAAAUGGAAAUGCUGAACUAGAUAGACUCAGGAGAUUCUGCAUUGCGUAUGAAUAUGUGCAGGCUGAAAAAAUUAGAGAUGAUGCUGUAUCACAUGUGGAGGAAAUAAAAGCUAAAAUUUCUGAGAUUGAUAAGAAUUCAGAGAACAUAAGUACUCAAGUUCAGGAAAUGGAAAGAAAUAUAUCGAAACUGACUAGUGAGAAGGAAGCAACAAUGGGCGGGGAGGUGGAGAGUUUAUCAGCGAAGGUAGAUGCUUUUUCACGUGAUCUUGUGAAGGAAAUGUCAAUACAGAAAAAUCAGGAGGAAUCUUUGAUUACUGAGAAAGGGAAUGCAGAAAAGAUUGUGAAGAAUAUUGAAGAAUUAGAGCAGUCUAUAUGUGAUAGGGCUUCUGCUAUCAAACAAGCUGAGGAUGGAGCUGCGGGUAUUAAACAUAAAUUUGAGGGGCUUUCGAAGAAAUUGGAAGAAUAUGAAAAUGAUUAUCAGGGUGUCCUUGUUGGUAAGAGCAACGGAAAUGAGGAUAAAUGUCUAGAAGAUCAACUUGCUGAAGCAAAGGUAGCUGUUGGGCAUGCAGAAACUGAAUUGAAACAACUGAAUUCAAGAAUGAAGCAUUCAGAGAAAGAGCUAAAAGAGAAGGAGCGCCAACUAUCAUUGAGAUCUGAAGAAGCAGCCACUGUGGAAAAGGAGCUUAACAUCAGAAGAAAUGAAGUGGAAAAUAUUAAGAAGUCAAUGGAUUCUACUCCCUACAAAGAAGGAGAAAUGGAUAACCUACAAUCGGAACGUACAAGGGAGAGGGAGAUCGUGCAAAAACUCAAAGACGAUAUUAGGAUUCUUUCUUCUCAAUUAUCAAAUGUUGACUUCACAUACCGUGCGCCAGUGAAGAAUUUUGAUGGGUCAAAGGUGAAAGGUGUGGUUGCCAAACUCAUCAAAGUGAGUGAUAGCUCAAUGAUGACUGCAUUAGAGGUGGUUGCAGGGGGGAAAUUAUAUAAUGUUGUAGUAGACACAGAAGAAACUGGCAAGUACCUUCUUCAAAAUGGUAACUUGCGACGAAGGGUAACAAUUAUUCCCUUGAACAAAAUUCAGUCAUAUCCUCUUAAUCCAAACGUCCAAAGUGCUGCAGAAAAUUUGGUUGGUAGGGGGAAUGCUGCAGUGGCAUUGUCACUAGUUGAAUAUGACAAAGAAUUGAAGAAUGCCAUGGAAUAUGUGUUCGGUGCAACCUUCGUAUGCAAGAGCACUGAAGCUGCAAGAGAGGUGGCUUUUAAUAGGAAAGUUGGUAAACCUAGUGUGACUAUUGAAGGUGAUAUAUUUCAGCCAAGUGGACUUCUCACUGGUGGUAGUCGCAAGGGCGGUGGAGAUCUAUUGAGAAAACUUCAUGCUUGGGCAAGUGCUGAAUCAGAACUCUCCAUUCAUCAAAUGAAGUUAUCUGAAAUUGAAGACAAGAUUUCUCAACUCCUUCCUACCGAAAGAAUGUUUAAGGACCUAAAGGCACAGUUGGAGAUUAAGCAAUAUGACCUGUCACUAUUUGAAAGCAGAGCAAAGCAAAAUGAGCACCAUAAGCUUCAAGAACUGGUGACAAAAAUUCGUCAGGAACUUGUAGAUGCAAAAUCUGCUGCUGAGGAAAAACAGCAACUACAUAUAAAUUGUGUCAAUACCGUAUCAACACUUGAAAAAUCAAUUCAAGAACUCACAAGUAACAGAGGAAAUAUGCUUUCAAAUCUACAGAAGAAGAUAAAGGAAGUAAAAACCAAGAUGCAAUCAGCUUCAAAGGAACUUAAGGGGCAUGAAAAUGCAAAAGAGAAGCUUAUUUUGGAAAUGGAAACUGUCAAACAAGAAUGUGCUUCCCUGAAAAUCCAGUUAGUUUCUGUGAACGAACAGACCAGCAUUCUUGAAACUGAGUUGAAGGAACACAACACCCAAAUUACUUCUUUAAGAAAGGUUCAUGAUGAAGCUCAGCUUGAGCUGAAUAGGUUUCGAUCCAUGAUAAAAGAGUGUGAUACAAAGAUUAAUUCCAUUAUGAGGGAGCAAGGGGAGCUCCAGCAAAAAAGUACUGAAAUGAAUAUUGAGAGAAGGAAGAUGGAAAAUGAGGUAAAACGGAUGGAGAUGGAACAAAAGGAUUGCUCCUUGAAAGUUGCAAAGCUUGUUGAGAAACAUGCAUGGAUAACGUCAGAGAAAAAUCAAUUUGGAAAAAGUGGAACUGAUUAUGAUUUUGCAUCCUGUGAUCCUUCUAAAGCAAGGGAAGAUUUUGAGAGACUCCAGGCUGAACAAUCUGGCCUUGAGAAAAGAGUGAACAAGAAGGUCAUGACAAUGUUUGAGAAAGCCGAAGAUGAAUACAGUGACUUGAUAUCAAAGAAGAAUAUUAUAGAGAAUGACAAGACAAAAAUCCAAAUGGUUAUCGAAGAGCUUGAUGAGAAGAAGAAAGAAACAUUGAAAGUCACAUGGGUGAAGGUUAACAAGGACUUUGGAUCGAUAUUUUCUACACUUUUACCAGGAACAAUGGCAAAACUUGAACCUCCUGAAGGAGGUAGUUUCUUAGAUGGGCUUGAGGUCCGUGUUGCAUUUGGAAGUGUAUGGAAACAAUCGUUGUCAGAACUUAGUGGCGGACAAAGAUCUUUGCUUGCGUUAUCUUUAAUCCUUGCAUUGCUUUUAUUCAAACCUGCUCCACUUUAUAUCCUCGAUGAGGUUGAUGCUGCCCUUGAUCUGAGCCAUACCCAGAACAUUGGGAGAAUGAUUAAAGCUCAUUUCCCACAUUCUCAGUUCAUUGUAGUUUCAUUGAAGGAAGGGAUGUUUAAUAACGCGAAUGUUCUGUUUCGAACGAAAUUCGUUGAUGGUGUAUCGACUGUACAGAGAACAACUGUUGCGAGUAAUAAGACAAGCAAGUGAUAUUUUACACUCCAGAUUUAGUUGAAUAUGUAAACGCUUCGUGUCCCAGUUCCCCGCCUCCGAAUGAUACGACAUGUUGAAGAAGAAUCCGACAGAUUUGUGGUUCAAGCUGUUAUUGAUAUGUUUUCGUAUUGAAGUGUUUAGUUUUUGCGAGUUGUUUUGUUUUGUAGUAAUAGUUUGUUGGCCAUUUUAACUAACUACUUAAAUGAACAUCGACUUGAUGUCUUUAAUUAAUGAUAAUAGAACCUAUUAUUAAUGUUUCUAAGUGAAAUAGUAAUGUCAUAAAAAAACUUUAUGAAAUAGGGUUUGUUGGUUAUGGAA